AUGAAAACUGUUUGCGAUCGAACGAAACGACGACGACGACCAGAUCGCGGUAUUUUUGUACCUUCGUGUCAUCGCCGUACACACCGAAAUAUCUACUUUACAAUGCCGUCCUCGACGAAAACUGACGAUGCCGUGGCGAAGGAGAAGUUCAAGACCAUCAUUGAAGAAGGGUGCAACGUGCCGGUCGACACCACACGGCCAAAAGACGUUCCGGAAUGGUUCGACGCGGUAUUGUUCGCCAGAGGACAAAAGUAUUUUUAUUCCAAUUUCUAUGCAAUGUUCGCUUCAAAUUUGAUUGGACUAAUAUUGGUAUUAACAGUUCCAACAAUAUUGGAUGUAUUAGUGUUUACAAAUAAAUCUUCUGAUCCUUAUACCGCUUUUAAGAGGUAUCUUGAUACCAUCAGGCACAUGCUGAGGUGGUAUAGAUACGACGUGACAAAUGCUAAGUCAAAAUCUCAAAUAUCUGUGGCUAUUGUACACGGACUUCAUUGUGCUGCGAAUCGAGUUUCGAAUAAGUCUGGACUCGGACUUCGAGUAACUCAAAAAGAUAUGGCUUUAACUCAAUUUGGGUUCAUGGGCUUACUAUUGUUGAGAAAAAAAGAGUUGGCUAUUGUGGGCACCGAAGAAGAUGAAAGGGCCAUUCUGCAUUUUUGGCGAACUAUUGGAUACAUGUUGGGAAUUCAAGACAAGUACAACCUGUGCUGUGGCUCGCUCGAGGAGGUGCGCGGCACGUGCGCAUUGAUCCUGCGGGACGUGUACGCGCCGGGGCUGCUGAACCCGCCGCCGAGGUUUGAGCACAUGGUUGAGGCGCUGCUGAGCGGCAUGAAGCCCAUCUCGCCCAUGCUGGACACGGAAGCGUUCAUGGCGUUCACUCACGAGCUGUGCGGCGUACCGGUGCGCCGGCCGCUGGUCACCCGGUACAGCCGGUGGAUGUACAACGUGCAGGUGUACACUCACGCCGUGCUGCUGACCCGCGCUUGGCUGGCCGCCGUGUUCCGGCCGCUGUUGAACUACAACAUGAGGUUCUCCGUGUGGCUGAACGUCAAGUUCCCGGUCGGCGCGGCGCUCCAGUUCGGCACCAAAGUGUUCCACCGGGUCCGGGACGAAGCUCCGCCGCACUCGCUGAAGCAGCCGGCCACCAAGGGACGCGCUGCGAUGAUGCAGUCGGCGUCUUAG